AAGUAUGAUCUGAUGCAGGAUGCUCAUUUCAAAAAUGAAUGGCCUCCCGUGGUGGACAAGUCCCAAGACUAUGAACUGCUGGAACUAAGCCGCAAUGAGACCCAUGUCGUUCUGAGGGUUUGGCGUCAAUGGUUCACCUGUGACUCGCAUGACCUGGAAAUUGAGAAUGACACCAUUAGAGUGAUUAUCGUGCAUGGAGAAGAUCAUGAGUUCACAUUUUCAGAGGAAAAUACCUAUAGAAAGUCUUUCUUUUUCCUGGAAAUCCUUAAAGAAGUGGUAGACCCUGACAUUCUGAUCCCUUAUGAAUUCAAACUUAAUGAUUUCCUGAUUCCAGUUGACGAUACAACGUAUGCCUGUACCUUCAUCCCAAUGCCAAAUGUAUCUACCAAGCACCAUAUAGUUAGGUAUGAGGUAAUUCAAGACCCUGACAGCAUUGGGAUAGUUCAUCACAUUGUGAUUUAUGGAUGUGGCAACAACCUUCAUUUCUCAUCAGAGAUCGGAUCUUGUUAUGGCAGUGACCCCAGAUACGCCAAGUGCAUGAACUCCAUGUUCGGGUGGGCAGUCGGUGGAGAGGUCUUUGAUUUUCCACCAGAUAUGGGAGUUCCCAUAGGCACCGAGGAUGACCCUAAAUAUAUCCGGAUUGAAAUUCAUUACAGCAACUUUCAAAACAAGCAAGGAAUUUUGGAUAGUUCAGGUAUAAGAAUUUAUUACACUCCUCAAUUACGUGAACAUGAUGGCGGUAUUCUGAUGACUGGGAUUUUCACAUUUCCUGUCCAUUUCGUGCCUCCUGGAGCUGAACUUUUUCGCAGUUAUGGACUCUGUAACACUCAUCUGAUCCCACAGAUCUUGGGCCAUCCAGUAGAAGACUUUCAUGUCAACACAUAUCUCCUCCAUGGUCAUCUGACAGUACGAAGCAUACGGACCAUGCAUUACAGGAAUGGCACUUUAAUUGGGAGCUUGGGGGAAGAUAAGAGAUACGACUUCAAUUUCCAACAAGUGAGAGAUUUGCCCGGAGUGAUCACGGUACAAAUUGGAGAUCAGAUUUUGGUGGAAUGUACCUCCAGCACCCCUGACAGAGAAGGUGUCACCUUUGGAGGACCAAGCACACUGAAUGAAAUGUGUGUGGUGUUCCUGUUUUAUUAUCCUGUCAUUCCUAUUGCUGCCUGUUGGAGUCUCCUCGAUAUCCAGCAUGUGGUUGAAGUCCUGGAGUUGGACGAAUCAGAAACCAUAAUGGAUGCCGUUGUGAACAUUGAUAGUGCAGACUGGGAUGAAGAGACCAUAGCUAAAGCCCAAAAUGCCAUCAUGGAAGCCAACCACUUUGCAAUUAUCAAUCAUCGUACAGGGGAAAUGAUCAAUGAAACGAGCUCAGCUCUACCCAUUUCCCUACCUACCCCACAUCUUUGUCAUGAAUACACAGAUGACUAA